UUGUUGGUUAACCUUUUGCUCUAUAUACUAGAGUUGACUAACACGAAGGAAAUUUGCCAAGACCCAAGCACUACUAACAAGGCCACCACCAUGGGGAAAGUCUUUAUGAAAGAUGAAUUGGCUUCUAUGCUGAAUCCUACUCCAGAAGUGGAGAAAGAUCCAGAGGCGUUAGACGCAGCACUCUCUGAUCAAGAGUAUUCUAGUGAUAAUGAGAAUAAGAAUGCUGGGAGAGAACACUAUGUUGAUGUUGGUGCAAGCAAGCUGCGUAGCAGACAAGGACCUGCUUUGGAUCCUCGAUUUAAAGGAAAAAAGAUAUCUAGAAAGGAUUUGGAGGCAAACCAAGAUAAUGAAUCCCUUUCUGAGGAAGAUUCCGAGGAUUUGGAAGAAGAACCUCUCAGUGAAAAUGAAAACUCGGGUGAGGACGUAUCUGAAGGCGUUUCGGGAGAUGAAGAUGAAGCAGGUAGUGAAGAUCAAUCUCUAUCUGAAAACGAAGACGAGUCUGAUGAGGGUUCCGAAGAGGAGGAUAAUGAAGCGGCUGCACUUCCUGAUGGAGAUAUUUCCAAGCUAAAAAAGAUGUUGCAUGGAGAACAAAGACUGUCUGAUAAGAUUAGAAGCUCUGCUGUUCAGGAUAUGAAGAAGGGUGUUGCUCUUCAGGAACAAAUGCGAUUGUACGAUCGAGUCCUAGAUACACGGAUACGUUUGCAAAAAGGGUUUACUCAAGCACACACUGUGAAUACAUCCGAGGGAAACCAAGACAAUGUCUCCAAUGAUCAAGCAGACGAGUCUGUGGUUUCCACUGAUGAUGUUAAAAAUUCCUUGCUCUCCUUCAUUCAAAAAACGAUGGAACUCCGCGUUGAUUUGAUGGUGGAUAGUGGUAUAGAACCUAGAGGCCUGAAAAGAAAAGCGGAUUCCGAGGAUCUAGAGUCAAUUUUAUCGACAAUGAAUAACUUAGACGACUCUUUAGAAGACUGGAAAAAUAAUACCCUAACAAAAUGGCACAGUCGUGUUCAAGCUGCUCAAGGAAUUACACAAAGCAACAAAUUUAAGGCUUUAAAUCAGAAUGUUGUACAACAAAUUGAUCAAACAAUGCUGAAUAAAGAUGAUCUAAUAGAGCGUUCGCGUUUGAGCCGCUCAGAUGGUUCCAAAACUCCUAAUCCUGACCUUUAUGAUGAUACGGAAUUUUACCAAUCUCUGUUGAAGGACUUUAUUAAUUCAAGAUUGGCAGACUCUGGAAGAGAUACAAACGUUCGGUGGGUCGCUUCUAAACAACAAAAACAAAAGAAAGAAAAUGUUGAUACCAAAGCGUCAAAGGGACGGAAAUUACGUUAUCAUGUCCAUGAGAAGCUUCAGAAUUUCAUGGUACCCGUCGAGGUGAGAUCUUGGCCCGAAGAACACAUUGACGAUUUAUUUAAUAGUCUUCUGGGUCAACGCAUCGAUAUGUCUGAGAAUACUAAAGAUGGAGAAGAUGCAGAAAAGAAACAAGAAGAAGAGCUUUCAUUAGCUACGAACGACGGGUUCUCUCUUUUUGGCUAGAAACAGCCUGACAAAAAAAUUUAGGGAAUAUGGUUUAUUGAUAUUCAAGAUUUUUGGGAUUUAAAAGUAAUGGAUAAUAUUGGUUUCUUAUUCGUAAAAAGGUAUUACUGGAGAAAGGUGUUAGAUUGGUAGUUUUGAUUUCAUUAGUUAUAAGGCUUAAAGAUUGGUUGUACCAAGAAAAUUAAUAUUUUUAAUUCUAG